CCAGCGGAGUCUGGGCGCAGACCAGGCAGCAAGCGCACCGGACGCGGACCACACACUCACGGCUAGCAGGCCAGCGUGACAGUACCAGGACUCACAGCGGCGAGGAGGAAAGAGUCCGAACUGUAAAUUCAAGAUGGCGCCCACGCUGGGAUACUGGGACCUGCGCGGACUGGGCCAGCCGAUCCGCAACCUGUUGAUCUACAAAGGGAUCGACUUCGAGGACAAGCGGUACAAGUUCGGCUCGGCGCCCGACUACGACCGCGGGGAUUGGCUCAAGGAGAAGUUCUCGCUGGGGGUCAUGUUUCCCAACCUGCCGUACUACGUCGACGACGAGGUCAAGAUAAGCCAGAGCUUGGCCAUCAUGCGCUACCUGGCCCGCAAGCACGACCUCGGCGCCAGGGACGAGCAAGAGACCACCCAGCUGGACGUGAUGGAGCAGCAGGCCAGGGACCUCGCCUGGUGGCUCGUCAUGGUCUGCUACUCGCCAAACUUCGAGGAGCAGAGGGCCAAGUACGAAGAGACCAUGCUGGGACAGCUGCGGCUCUGGGAGGAGCACCUGCAGGGCAAGCUGUGGGUGCUGGGCGAGCGACUCACCUACGUCGACUUCCUGCUCUACGAGGCGCUCGACUGGAACUACGAGUUCAAGCCCGAGGCCUUCCAGGGAUUCCUCGUGGUGGCGUACAUGCGGCGCUUCGAGGAGCUUCCGAACCUGAAGGAGUACUUCACCUCGGACAAGUACAGCAAGUGGCCCCUUAUGGGACCCAUGGUCAAGUGGGGCCACGUCAAGGAGUAGACCUGAACCACCGUUGGGUGUUCUCUGCACGCUCCAUCAGCACUGUCUUUUGUGAAAGGCGUGCGUUUUUCACAUUUUCGUAGGUAACAGGCCCGGAGUUCGCUAGUGAAUACAAUGGCGCUACUAUGCUGUAACUGAAGGUUACUUGACCGACGCAAUGCUGAAGUAGCGUACAAAGUAAUGCGACCCGGAAAGUUUACAUUUAUCGGAGUGAUAUUUGCAGGAGUGACGUUUUAAUGCCGAGCAUCUGAAUGCCUUGCAACACGCAUCACAACGUGACUCCAAUCACUGCAUUCAAGUAUCUGCUGCUUCUGCAAGGAAUGCAGAAACGCGAAGCAAUAAACAUUUCGUUUAUGUGACCUUGUUCAAAUGCCGAGUUCUGUAUGUUGAAGCAUAACAAAUAUUGACCAAAAUAUUAAAGGCUGCCCACUAGUUUUUUUUUUCGAAGGGCUUGGCUAGACUAUAUGAAAAAUGUGAAAAUGUUAUCGCGCUCUUCAGUGUAUGCCGUCGAAAAGCUCCUUAUCUCAGACAAUUCACCGCAGCAUGCACUUCGGAUCUCCGAUAUACGGCACCUCUAAUGCCAAAUAAGAAUUGAAUUCAAAGAAGCCCGUGAGAAAUGCAGAAACACGAAUCUAUCAACUACUUCGUCAUGCGAUGCUGUUAGCGUGGGCAGUUCCGACGUGCUUUGACUUUGCAAAUCAAGCAAAAACACGUGGCCUUAACGGUGAUGCGUAAAUAAGAGAGUGAGAAACAAUGAGCGCGUUACUAAUGCGAGAUGGAAUUGCGAACGCGGAGCUUCGGGAACGACCUCAAACCACAUGAGGAUCCAAUAUUUUAUUAAUUUAGAGUAAUACUGGCGCUCUCGCUAACCUUCCCCAUAUAUAUUGUUUGCUUAAUUGUGCCGUAUAUAGCACGUAUUAUACUUGCAAUAAAGAAACCCAUUCAUUGUUA